UGUAUCAUCUAAAUCAUUAUGUUCAAAUCAUUCUUAUUUAAAUUCAUUCCAAUUAACAUGUAAUACUGUAUCAAAUAAGAGUUCAACAACAUUCUUUACAAGACCAAACUUUGUAAAUUAUUAA